UGUAUGGUUGCGCGCGCUCUGCGUGUGAAGGCGCUGAGGGAGGAACUAAAAUAUUAGACUAGAGCCGAAGCGUUGAAAGGCUUAGUUGAGUGGAGUGCUUAUCACCAGACGGAGCAUUGCUGUCUCUUCCAGAUUACUGCCAAUUUAUUCAGGCCGAGAGAAGCCGCCUGAAAGUAAUGCUAUCCCAGAAGUGCUGGCUGCUGCUAGCACUUUGCUUGUUCACCCUCCAGUCGGGGGUGCUUUCUGCGCGAUGCGACCGCGAGCCGGAAGGUCGGCUCUCCCAAAAGUCGCCUGUGGACGGCCGCUUCAGAAUCAAAGUCAGCGGCAAUCCUGAGAAAUACGUGCCUGGCGAGGUGUACACAGUGACCCUGCAGGGCGCUCGCAACCAGCAGGUGCCGCAAAAGUUCACCGGAUUUAUGCUUUCGGUGGAGCCGCUGAGCAAUGGAGCUUCGAUAGACACGGCUGUCGGACACUUCCAACUCUUUGGCGACGCAUUGACCAAAUUUAGUGAAAAGUGUCCCAACACUGUCUCCCAAACGUCUUCGAUGCCGAAAUCAGAGAUUCAGGUUUUGUGGACUGCACCUCUAACGCCAGGAAGCGGAUGUUUGGCCUUCAGAGCGACGGUGGUGGAGCACCGGGAUGUGUGGUACCAAGACGACGGGCCGCUGAGCAAAAUUCUAUGCGAGGACGUGCAAGAGAGCCUGGACGAGCAGCCCCAAAUAAUCGACCCCUGCUGCGCUUGCGACGAAGCCAAAUACGAGGUGACUUUCGAGGGCCUCUGGUCGCGGCACACUCACCCCAAAGAUUUUCCCACCAACGGCUGGCUGACGCGUUUCAGCGAUGUCAUCGGUGCGUCGCACACGGUGGAUUACAGAUUUUGGGAGUACGGCGGCAUUUCGUCGGAAGGGGUGCGACAAGUUGCCGAGAAGGGUUCCACCCGCAUGUUGGAGAGUGAACUUAAGUCUGAGAGCGAACACAUUAGGACAAUCAUCAAAGCGAGGGGAAUCAGCUAUCCCAACGUUACUGGAAAGACUUUUGCGGUAUUUAGAGUCGAUAAGCACCACCAUUUGAUGUCCCUGAUUUCGAUGAUUGAUCCUUCUCCCGACUGGAUCGUCGGCGUGUCUGGCUUGGAGCUGUGCUUGAAAAACUGCAGUUGGAUCGACGCAAAGGUGCUCAACCUCUACCCCUGGGACGCCGGCACUGACAGCGGCGUGUCGUACAUUUCUCCCGACCAGCCGACCAACCCCAGGGAGCCGAUCAGGAGAAUAACGUCCAGCUUUCCCAACGACCCUAGAUCGCCGUUCUACGACCCGACGGGAAUCGAAAUGAAGCCCCUGGCGCGACUCUACAUCACCAGGCAGCGGCUGUACGAAAAAAGCUGCACCGAUGACGAAUCGAAAACCAGCCAGGAGGCGCACGAGGAGGACUCGGGCGAACAAAGACACCCUUUGUACCACCUGCGAGUAGACGAAUGCCGCGUGGGCGAGUGGUCUGACUGGUCCUCGUGUUCAGCCUCCUGCGGCCGAGGAAUGAAGCACCGCCAGCGCUUCUACGUGAACCAAGUCGAGGCCGAGGUCAACAUGUGCGACCGGCAGUUGACAUCCAGAAUGUCAUGCGUCGGGGAGCACUCCUCUUGCAGUUAUGGCGAAUCAAAGGCCGCGUCGGCGAAUGAUAACCCCAUGUGUGCCACCACCGACUGGAGUCAGUGGUCAUCCUGCUCCGUGACCUGCGGCAGAGGAGUUCGCACCAGAUCCCGUCGCUACGUCAACAGACACGUGCGAAAGUUGUGCAACGUGGAAAUGCGGCAGACCGAGGUCUGUUUUGGCGAGGAGGAAUGCGCCAACGGAGCGUUCCCGGACGAAUCGAACAUGCCUGCUUACUGCAAAACGACUGCUUGGAGCGAGUGGGGCCCUUGCAGCGUCAGCUGCGGACAGGGCUUGCAGCUGAGAUCGCGACUGUACCACAGCCAGAGCCACAUGACCCAGCAGUGCGGCCUGCCGAUGGUUGAGCAGGUCGAGUGCCAAGCCGAGCUGGCAGACUGCGACCUUGGCCCCGAUGAUGCAAAAUCUGUUUGCCAACUGGAGAAGGAGGUCGGGCCCUGCAGAGGGUACUACCCUCGAUGGUACUUUGACCCUGUCACCGAGGAAUGCCAGCAGUUCGUGUUUGGCGGCUGCAGAGGAAACAGGAACAACUUUGAAACGCAGGAAGAGUGCGAAUCAACGUGCUCUGGAGCGAAAGAAAGUUUGGUUGCCGAGAGGGCGGCGAAACUGAAUGAGUAUGGGGUCGUGGUUUCGGCUGUGAUGUCCUAUGCUGUAGAGGAAGGACCAACUAAUUGUGAAUCGACCAGUAAUGAAAAGGGCGAUGACACCACCGACGAAACAUUUGGCGACAUCGACCCUGGCAACCGAGUGGCCACCAUGUCGAGAUACCCUUCUGAGCCGUACCCCACCCCUGCAGGACAAGUGUUUCCAGUCACAGCGAUUGUCGGCGCUAAAGUAGACUGCGAGGUGUCAGGCUGGUCUGACUGGUCGGCGUGCACGGCAACUUGCGGAAAAGGGUGGAAAAACAAGUGGAGGAAAAUUAAGGUGCACCCAAAAAACGGUGGGAAACCCUGUCCGAAGAGACUCCUGAAGAGGAGAAAGUGCAAAGAACGCUCCUGCGAUGGUGGAGACGACGAGGAAAAUCCCGAAGACACUCAGCCAACAUGGGGAGAGGCCCUGAUCAGGCCACUAGAAGGCAACCCAACUGGAGGUGGAGACUGCAAACUCUCCCAGUGGAGCCCAUGGUCGCCAUGCUCCCAGUCGUGCGGCGCGAACGCUAUGGAGCAGAGGACGAGAAAUGUGGUUUCGUCUCCGUGGGGCAACGGACUCAUGUGCGGCCCCCGACUGCAGAGGCGUCCCUGCGCCUUGCUGCCAUGCCCACGUUAAUCUAGGGAGCCCACACAAUCUUACACAAACAAAAAAUACUCCCUACUUAGCCACUAGUGAAUUUUGGACUUAACUUUUUUUUACUUUCUAGUGAGAUGCAUUUAACCUUCGCAAGCACACAACAUUAACAGUGUAAUAUUAUAAGUAAUGAUUGUACCCAGUUACAACAAAAUAUAUAUAAUAGUAUUGAUUUAA